GAGUAUCCCUCAAAAGUAAAAAAAAAUGUUAUUUUGAAUUUAGAAUCAGACAAAUAUGAUUACUAGUAUAAAUUUUUGUUAGGCAUAAAUUCGUUAAAUUAGAGCGGCCCAACAACAAUAACUAAACUCCCAGUGAGUACGUUGAUUAGCAAGUCUAAUAUUGUCGACCCGACCCGAUCCGAUCCGGAAGCAAUGUAGCCGGUGAUCACGUGCCCAAGUUCAACUAAAAGUUCCGCGUCCUUCCGUCCAAUCAGAUCCCUAUAACAAUAUCCUGACCAAUUAGAGACCGCCAUGUGGGAAACCACGUAACUCCUGGUCCCACAAGUUGUCUUCAUUUCAAGCUUGCACCUAAAAAAAAUAAAAAAUCGAAGAAAUUGUUGAGUACAUAACCGUAAACAGAAAAUCAAAGGUACGAGCGAGCUGCAAUUUGGUGAUCGGCGAGGGCGGCGAUCUGGUGGUUCCGUUAUAUUCGGCGGAAGAUGGAGUCUCGCGGCAGUGGAAUACACCGCGUUUUUGUCCUGGCUUUUUGCGUCGCCGGCAUUUGGGCGGCUUAUAUCUACCAAGGGGUUCUUCAGGAGACUGUGUCGACAAAAAGAUUUGGUCCUGAUAAGAAGAGGUUUGAGCAUCUGGCCUUCUUGAACCUAGCACAGAGUGUUGUAUGUUUGAUAUGGUCAUUUAUAAUGAAAAGGCUCUGGUCAAAUGGUGGUGAUGCUGGAGCUCCAUGGUGGAGUUAUUGGAGUGCUGGAAUUACAAACACAAUUGGCCCAGCUAUGGGGAUUGAAGCUCUUAAGUACAUAAGUUACCCUGCCCAGGUGCUGGCUAAAUCCUCAAAAAUGAUUCCAGUCAUGCUGAUGGGCACGUUAGUUUAUGGGAUUAAAUAUACAAUCCCAGAGUAUAUCUGCACAUUGCUUGUUGCUGGAGGUGUAUCCACAUUUGCACUUUCAAAGACCAGCUCGAAGAUAACAAGCAAACUAGCACACCCAAAUGCUCCAAUUGGCUAUGGUCUUUGUUUUCUGAACCUUGCUUUUGAUGGAUUCACAAAUGCGACUCAAGAUUCGAUCACAGCAAGGUACCCGAAGACAAGUGCGUGGAACAUAAUGCUAGGCAUGAACUUAUGGGGGAGCAUCUACAAUUUGGUAUUCAUGUUCGGCUGGCCAAACGCCAUUGGGUACGAUGCUAUCGACUUCUGCAGGCAGCAUCCGGAGGCAGCGUGGGACAUCCUACUCUAUUGCCUGUGCGGUGCAGUCGGCCAGAACUUCAUUUUCCUAACAAUAAGUCGAUUUGGCUCCUUGACCAACACGACAAUCACCACCACCAGAAAAUUCGUGAGCAUCGUGGUUUCUUCGUUGUUAAGUGGGAACCCACUCUCCGAGAAACAAUGGGGGAGCGUUGCAAUGGUCUUCUCCGGAUUAUCCUACCAGAUUUACCUGAAAUGGAAGAAGUUGCAGAGAAUGCAGAAGAAGAGGAAGUCCACUUAAGCGAGCUCAUGAUUUUUAGACUCUACAUGUAAUAUUUCUCCUCUUUUGAGAUACAAAUUCGAUGUAAAAUUAUCGCUAAAGUCAUUACAUGGUAGAUAUAGAAUUGGAUUCUUGUAUCCGUGAAAUUGUAGAUUCUAAUUUAGAUGAACAGAUGAGAUCAAUGUUGAAGAGAAUAUUUUCACUACAAA